CUUCACCGGAGUUUUUCAUUUAAGAUAUUUACAUUUUGUGCGUAUAAAAAUUAAGCUAUAUAAAGAAAUAUAAUUGAUUGGUACUAUGUUUUAAAAAAUGCCAUCUGAGAUUAAUGUUAAAAAUAUAACUUCUGAGAAAGAUAAUAGUGAAAAUGAGCCUGAAGAACAAUCUGUUACAUUAUUAACAGUUGGCACGACAAAUGAAGGACCUUCAACUACGGUAAAUCAUGUGGAAACCAAUACCAUAAGCAGUAAUAAUAAAAUAGUAUUUAUGUCUGGUGUUAAAAAUGAUUUUAUAGAACAAGAGAAUGCUUCUUUACCAUCAAAUGUAAAUUCUGCAACAAAUGAAAAUGGUUUACAGCAACAGAAAUCAUCUUCUUAUGAAGAAGUAAUUAAUAAAACAAGUAACAAUCAAGUUGUAAAUUCCUUUGAAGAACCAAAUGUAUGUUCUGAAUCAAGAUGUAAUAAAGAGAAUGUAGUUUCCAAGAAUGCUGGUGCAACAGCAUUAGCAUCAAAUUGUGAAAUUGAUAAUACUGCUGUUUCAAGUACAUUGAAUGAUGAAAUCACACAAAACUCAAGUCAAAAACAUAUAUCACUGUCUCAUAAAAACUUAACAAGGAAAAAGUGUUUUCUAGCAAGUGUAGAUAGCAAUCCUGGCAAGGCAACCAGUUUUUUAGAACAGCUACCAUUAUCUUCCAGAAACAUGAUUAGAAAGAAACAAUUUUUUAGCAAAGAUUUACAGUCUAAUAGUACAGAAUCACAAUAUGAACAAAAUACAGGAGACAGACACAACAAUAAUGAUGAUAAUGUACUUACUACUUAUAAUAAAGAUUCUAUGAAAGAUGCUUGUAGCUUACCUUUACAGGGCAUAGCUUCAUGCAGUUCUGAUGAACAGUCACAGUUUUUAACCACUUCAAUAACUGAAACACAUAGCAAUGAUAUUGCUAAUGCCCAUAAAUUAUUAAAUUCAGCAGAAAACAAUAAUAAGAAUACAAGUGAAAAUAGCAGAUUAAAUGAGGCUGGUAGUUCACACAUGUCUAAAAGUGGGCCAAAAUCACAAAACACUUUGACAGAUUUAGUACAUUGUAAUGAUAUAACAAAGAAACCAUUUAAACUGCCAAUUUUAGAAAAUUUAUCUGAAACUGCCGGUGCUCAUCAAACUGAGCUGGAAGAAAAUGCUGUAGCACUAUUAGAACCAUCAUCGACUAAGAAGGAUCAUUUAGAAGAAGCCCAAGGCAUUGAAAUAGAACCCCGUUCUUCAAACAGUAGUGAUGCAAGUAAUUCGGAUACAGAAUCACAACAAGCAGUUCUAGGUCAUAAUGGGACCAAAAAGAGGCCAUGUGAUACAAAUGGUAUUGUAACAAAAGAAGGUGUGGAAUAUUAUCAAUUGUGGCGAAGUACAGGAGGUUUUUUAUUUCCUGAAGGUUUAUAUGAUACAUUGUAUCCAAAUCCUCCACCACUACCACCACGGGUAACGCAUAAACUUUUACAUAGAAGUAAUGCUUUACCAACUGGUCCACCAGAAUUACCUAAAAGACAUCCUCAAAAAUAUUCUGCACCCUUGAACCCUGAAGAUUGUUUUGGAUUUGAAAUUGUAGAUGUUGAUGAAGCUUCUAAUUCAAAGCCACGGAGAGCUGUUACAAAAAGUAUAGCUCUAUUAAGUUCACCAAGACCACCUAGACCAUUGGAAAGACCAGUGUCCAAUAUAACAAAUCAAUUAGAGUGUCCACCAACCCCCACACAUCGACCAAAACCAUUGCGUCCACUACCAAUGUACCAAACAUCUAAUGUUCUCAUACCUUCUGAAGAACCUUUACCACCAUCAUGGGAAGCAAGAAUCGACAGUCAUGGUCGGGUGUUCUAUAUAGAUCAUAUUAAUCGAACAACAACUUGGCAGAGGCCCAAUUUAACAACACGGAACACUGGCUGUGAUCUUCGAAGGCAGCAAUUAGAUAGACGUUAUCAAAGUGUUCGUCGAACUAUUUCUCGACCCGACAAUAUCGAUCGCGAGCCGUCUAGUUCACAACAUGCAAAUGGAAAUAUGCAAAUCGAAAAUGCUGAACGACCGAAUGAACGAAGCGAAAGAAAUGAAACUGAACCAUUUGACAUUAGUACGAGUCCUCCAGUAUUAUUUUUAACAAGACCCGAUCUUUUUACAGUAUUACAUAGUCAUGCGGAAGCAGUAGAAUUGUAUAAUCGUAAUUCCAGUUUAAAGCACAUGAUUAGCAAAGUCAGAAGAGAUACAGCAGUUUUUCCUAGAUAUGAACAUAACAGAGAUUUGGUUGCAUUAAUCAAUUUUUUUGCUGAUCCAACUAAAGAACUUCCAAGAGGCUAUGAAUCAAAACUUGAUAGAUCGGGCAAAAGAUUUUUUAUUUGUCAUGCUAGAAAAGCAACUUCUUUUAUUGACCCAAGAUUACCUACUGAACCAGCUCACACACGAACAUUAUUGGAUGAGGCACCUGUACCACCACCCAGACCACAACAGUCAGCUAUUACAACUACACCUGACAUACCUGUAGCUUAUAAUGAUAAAGUUGUUGCUUUCUUGCGUCAACCAAAUAUAAUGGAUAUCUUAAAAGAAAGACAUUCUGCAUUAGGACAAAAUAUUGCGCUUCGAGAGAAGGUAAAUACGAUACGAAUUGAGGGCACGUCUGCUUUGCAACGACUGGGACAUGAUGUACCUCUAGCGCUAUUAUUAAGCUUAUUUGAACAAGAAAUUAUGUCAUAUGUACCUGGUAACGUGGGUAGAUCUCCACUAGGUAGUCCGCAUGCUUCACCUGGCUUAACAAGAGCAUCUGCUAGAGCUCCAGCUCCAUACAGAAGAGAUUUUGAAGCUAAACUUAGGACAUUUUAUAGGAAGCUAGAAAGUAAAGGAUAUGGGCAAGGUCCAGGAAAAUUAAAAUUACAUAUUAGGAGAGAACAUUUUUUGGAAGAUGCUUUUACUCGCAUUAUGGCUGCUUCAAAGAAAGAUUUACAGAAAAGCAAAUUAGUAAUUAUGUUUGACGAGGAAGAAGGUGUAGAUUAUGGUGGUCCAUCUCGUGAAUUUUUCUUUCAUCUAUCACGCGAACUUUUCAAUCCUUAUUAUGGAUUAUUCGAAUAUUCUGCAAAUGAUACUUACACUGUGCAAGUGUCGCCAAUGUCAGCUUUCGUAGAUAAUUAUCAUGAUUGGUUCAGAUUUUCGGGCAGAGUCUUGGGUUUAGCAUUAGUUCACCAAUAUCUGCUUGAUGCCUUCUUUACGAGACCAUUUUAUAAGGCUCUUUUGAGAAUACCAGCAAGUCUAAGUGAUUUAGAGAGUUUAGAUCAAGAAUUUCAUCAGAGUUUAAUGUGGAUCAAAGAGAGAGAUAUAAGUAUCGAACCACUGGAACUAACUUUUUCAGUCACGGAAGAACUUUUGGGUCGAGUAGCUGAACGUGAAUUAAAACCAGGAGGUAGAAAUAUUGCUGUUACUGAAAAAAAUAAGAAAGAAUAUCUGGAAAGAGUUGUACGUUGGAGACUUGAACGUGGUAUUGCCGAACAAACAGAAUCUUUAGUUCGUGGAUUUUAUGAGGUUGUAGAUCCACGAUUAGUAUCAGUCUUUGAUGCACGAGAGUUGGAAUUAGUAAUAGCUGGGGCAGCAGAAAUUGAUCUUAACGAUUGGAGAACACAUACAGAAUAUAGAAGUGGUUAUCACGAUGCUCAUCCAGUAGUAGAAUGGUUUUGGAGUAGUAUAAGCCGAUUUACUAACGAACAACGAUUGAGGUUACUACAGUUUGUUACUGGCACAUCAAGCAUUCCAUAUGAAGGAUUUGCAGCCCUACGUGGGUCUACAGGACCACGGAAGUUUUGCAUUGAAAAAUGGGGAAGACCAAAUAGUUUACCCAGGGCACAUACGUGUUUCAAUCGCUUGGAUCUUCCACCAUAUCCUACACCUGAAAUUUUAUAUGAAAAGCUUUUAUUGGCUGUAGAAGAAACAAAUACUUUUGGAAUAGAGUAA